AAACUUCCAGUUGGAUGUUAAGAUUACUUUCUUGUUCUUGGCAGCAACACUAACUGAAUCACUGAGGUAUAAUAAGAACUGGGGACUGUGUCCAAGAUUGUUGUUUUCAAGGUCCCCCUCUUCCUCUCUCCUCUUUGCGACUCUUGAUUUCUCCCUUGCGGCUGAUGUAUUCAUUUGUGUGGCAUGUGGUGAAUCAACGCAAUGUGAUGCACUAUGGGAAGGUCGAGGAGUUUGUAACUGUGGUGACUGAAGCCGUUCCAAAGUUGCUGAGUUACAAACAGAGGGCUCAACUCAUCCUGGGCCUGAGAGCAAGGAUGAUCUUGGAGAUGUUCCGCAAGGAUUGUGUCCACCUAACCCUCAGGCCAUCCAACAUCUCCUGGGAAAGAUGAACAUCAGUGCAUCCUCAGGGCAGCAAGAUGCAGAAGUGGAGGAGUCGCAGGCUAACUUCGUGGCGCUGGUCCAAACCCUGCUGAAAAACCCUUAUGAGAGGAAGCACUUCUUCCAGGAGGAGUUCCAUACACAMUAUGGCUCCAAGUAUGACACAGCACUGCAGGCCCUUGUGGGAGGCUUGGUCCUCAGACUGGAACAACUGCUAUCUGUGCCAGAUCUCUCCCAGAUAGCAUCUAUGAUCAGUGCUGCCCCCUCUGACCUGGAGGAGUGUGGACAGUCUGUGUCUGACCCUGAGCASCUGAAGAUCCUCCUCCAGCACCAGAAAUUGCUAAAUAAAACCCAGUUCAACAAAAAUGUACCUCUCACUUCUUCUGUGGGUGACUGUGUGCUGUCCUCGCUGUCCUUCCGCCUCGCCUGUGGAAUGCCAUCAAUGGAGCCAGAUCUUGACAAGCCAUCAGAAUCACUAGAAGCCACUCUAAGCCUCAUGAACCCUGCCUCCUUCAGUGACCUGGAGGAUCUGGGAAUGAUGUCAGAUGACUCUGACCAUGCUGGAGAAGAUAGUACUGUGGAGAGAGAAGAGGGUGCCAGGGAUAACGGAAGUGGGGCGAAAAAUGCAGUGUGUGACAGUGAAGAAGACAAUGCACUGCCAGAGAGCGCGUCUAGUCCUCAAGGUGUUAGCGUACUAGUGGGAGGGUCACCAUCAAAAGGGGCACCAACAGUAAGGAGUAUGCUGCCAACAGAGAGACACCAACCUCUUGUAUCACUGAUGAGUAGUUCCUUCACCAAAUCCUCUCCUUCACAGAUAGUCAAAUUAGUCAUCCUUGCCACGGUCACCAUUGGGAACCAACCCGGGUAACCCACCGGUCAAAGUUGCGAGUUUCCACCAGUGGGUCUCCUACAUUGCAAGUAACUCUAUCUCACUCCCUUCCUUGCCACCCCUUCCACAAAACAAUGAUGUAGACAAGGAGAUCCGGUCAGGUGACACGUGUCUUGGAAGCAGUGUGGUAAUUGGGGGUCAGGAAACAGAAGCCAAUCUCUUUGAGAGGGCUGUUAUCCGAAGGAGAGGCACCUAAGCCACAAAGAAAUAACGGUUACCCUCGAAGAGGAAAA